AUGAAAGUUGAUGUGAGAGUAAGAGAAGACUCCGAACCUGGAGCUGCAGUUGUUGAGCUUUUGAAACUCCCCGGCCUACCACACCACAGCCAUCUAGACUCUUCUCACAAAAACUCAAUUCAAUUCAAAAUUUUAGGCAGCAGUAAUAAUAAAAACCAUCACCAACAACAACAACAACAACAACACUCAAUUCCAAACAACAAAAUCAUUCAACAAUCAACAGUAAUCAUUCCAAGCAGUGAAUAUUUCGCAAUCGACAGUACAUCUUCGACUAUCACGUUGAAACAACAAAUCGAUCGGGAACUAGUCUGCGGACCACGCGUCACAACGUGCAUUUUGAUUUUCAGAGUCGCCAUCAUCAGCCCGCCACUGACCAUAAUUUCCGUUCACGUGACCGUUGAUGACGUCAACGAUAAUGCUCCCUACUUCCCUCAACCAUUCGUCACCGUGCAGAUCCCCGAAGAUGUUGUUCCGGAUUCGCACACGCCCUACGAACUUCCUGUUGCUGCAGAUGACGAUUCGCCGGAAUUCGGUGUCGUGAGUUAUUCGGUCAAGUGGCUGUCGGUAGCGAUUAAUGCAACUAAUGACGCAUCUAGGGAUGUUCCAUUUCAGUUAAGUACUCAUCAAUCAUCUUCAGCGAACAACAAACACUUGAUGAAACCCGUGUUAAUUGUUAGCAAGGAGCUGGAUCGAGAGUCGUGCGAUGAGUACGUCUUCACGUUGGAAGCCCACGACGGGGGUGUGCCGUCAAAAACAUCAAGCCUCAGUGUGACGAUCAAAGUUACCGACAUCAACGACAACGCUCCAGUUUUCAAUCAGACAGUUUAUCGAAUCACAUUAUCCGAGGGUGAAGAAGUAGGCAGUGCUGUGUUGGCAGUGUCAGCUUUCGAUAUCGAUUCAGGUCCGAACGGACAUUUGAAGUAUUCCAUCGAAUCGGAUAUCACGAACAAUCCGACAACUAAUAACAACUUUCAUCAAACCAGUCAAAAUUUUUACAUCGAACCCGAAACCGGUAUUAUUCGACUAAUUAACCGACUCAAUUUCAAUUUGGCAUCACAGCACCGGUUGAAAAUACUGGCCGAGGACGGCGGGCUGACGGUGAAACAUACAGGCACCUGUGACGUCAUCAUUGACGUCAUCGACACCAACGAUAACAGACCAAUCAUAAGCGUAGAAUAUGCAGGAGAUGAACCGGAAGUGCAAGAGAACGCAGCGGCAGGAGCAUUCGUGGCUUACAUAACAGUUGAGGAUGACGACAGCGGAACGGCUGGUGUCACGGAGUGCAAGCUGCACGGCAAGACCACUCAGUACAAGCUGAUGACGACCGCAACCUUCGAUCGUGAAUGCAUCAACUCUACGAAUAUUUCAAUCGAGUGUACUGACUUCGGCCAGCCAGCCCUAUCGAAUGUUGUCAAUUUAACCAUUCGAAUAUCUGACGAAAACGAUAACAGCCCUAAAUUUAGUAGGCCCGCGUUCGAAUUUUCAGUCUUGGAGAAUAAUAAAGCCGGUCAGUUCAUUGGGAGAGUUGUUGCGUUCGACGAAGACGCCGACAUGAAUGGCGAGUUGACAUACACCUUUGGCCCAGACGCCACUUUCGACGUUUCUUCAUAUUUUGAAUUGGACGCCCGCAACGGAAUCAUUACAGCGAAAAUUGCUUUCGAUCGAGAAUAUCAAUCCAAGUACGAAAUGACGAUGCAAGUGAAGGACGGUGGCGAACCAGCUCGUUCAGCCAGUUGCUUGCUGCUCGUUAACAUUUCAGACGAGAACGAUGAAACUCCGACGUUUUCAAGCUCGCUCUACACAUUUGCAACGUACGAGAACCAGCCAGCCAGCACCGAAGUCGGUCGGUUGACUGCUCAUGAUACGGACCUCUUUCCAAACAACAUUGUUCACUACUCGAAAGAUGAGCACAACGAUAUUUUCUCACUCGACAAAGAAACCGGGACCAUCAAAUCUUUGGUGUCGUUAGAUAGGGAGGUGACGGAUUCGUAUAAUUUUACGGUGAAGGCAUACAAUCCCAGCGUAUCAAACACUUCAACAUUGAAGGAGGUUUGGAGUACUACUUUAGUGUCUGUUGUAGUAGCGGAUCGUAAUGAUAAUGCUCCAGUUAUUAUUUUUCCGGUACCGAGUCUCAACGAUACGGUUCACAUAACAACAAAUCAGAAGAUCGGCAGUGAAAUAGCUAGAGUGCUAGCAAGAGAUGGCGAUGUCGGAACGAACGCUCAACUUCGAUAU